AUGAAAAUUGAUACUAAACCAAACGAAUCAAAAUUAUCGAAAUUAACUGCGAUAUCUGAUAAAGAUAAAUCAAAUAUCACAGAGUCAUCGAACAAUAUGAUGGAGAUAUCGAGUAUAACGCCAAUUUUAGAAAUUUCUGAUAGCAACGAAAAUGUUGAAUCAAGUCAUUCGAAGAUAAUUUCUGUUACUCAACAACACAGUAUCGAUUACAACAAUCCUCCAUCAUGGGUACAUAUGACAGAUGGCUUGAGAAUAACUUUGAUUUUGCAUGGCCCGGAUCAGGGUAAAAAUAUCGAUUUUAGAAGUAUUCAAACAAAAGAUGGACGUCGAUUUCUUCCUCAUUGGUUCAAGAAACAGUUACCCAACAGUGAAACCAUAGACCGUAAUUGGUUAAUUUACUCCAAGAAUAAAAAUGCUUUGUUCUGUUUUCCUUGUUGCCUGUUUGAAUAUCGACAAAGUCAGAUACCUUUGAUUGCUAAUCGUCAAGAAGGGUUUUCUGAUUGGAAAAAUAUAAAUAGAAUUGAAGAUCACGAAACUUCACCAGAUCAUCGAAAAUACUUUUUUCAAUGGAAGACCUUAGAAGCUAGAUUGAAAAACUCACAAAGUAUUGAUAAAUCAUUGCAAAACGCAAUUUUCUUAGAAAAAGAGCGGUGGCGUCACAUCCUUCGAGCGAUUUUAAAUUCGAUUUUAUUUUGUGCUAAAAACAAUUUAGCAUUACGAGGCUCAACGUCAGAAAUUGGAGUACAGGGAAGUGGCGUAUUUUUGGAUAUCAUUGAAUUACUCAGUAAGUACGACAAAACACUAGAAGAGCUUAUUUCAAAUCAUACAAAAAGGUCAGUAAACUAUCUGUCUGAGCGCACCUAG